CCGUGGUAUAGACACCUCUUCCAGAACUUCUAGAGGUGAGACCACUCAUAGUAGACUCUGAAACAUGGAUUCAGACGCCUUGCAAACCUUCCAGAAUGAACUCAUCUGUUCCAUCUGUUUGAACUACUUCAUAGACCCCGUCACCAUAGACUGUGGGCACAGCUUUUGCAGUCCCUGCUUGUGCCUCUGCUGGGAGGAAGCCCAAACUCCAAUGCGCUGCCCUGAGUGCAGGGGAAUAUCAGAGAAGCCAGAUUUCAGAACGAAUAUUGUACUCAAGAGGCUGGCUUCCCUUGCCAGACAGACCCGAGCCGACCAGGUCAAGAGCUCUGAGGAGCAGAUGUGUGUGGCACACAGAGAAGCAAAGGGGCUCUUCUGUGAGGUUGACAAGAAUCUGCUCUGCGGGUCCUGCUCUGAAUCCCCAGAGCAUGAGGGUCACAGCCACAGUCCAGUACAAUGGGCCGCUGAGGGAUACAGGGAGAAACUUCUAAAGAGAAUGGGCUCUUUAUGGAAAGUGACUCAAGAAAUGCAAGAUAAUCUGAACGAGGAAACUACCAAAACCCAGAUUUUAGAGGACUACGUGGCCUUAAGGAAGGUGAUGAUCAAAGCUCACUAUCAGAAGAUGCAUCUAUUUCUCCGUGAGGAGGAGCAACUCCAGCUGGAGACACUGGAGAAGGAAGCAAAGGAGAUUUUCCAACAACUCAAGGAAAGUGAAUUCAGAAUGACCCAACAGAAAGAAAGCCUGAAAGAAAUGUACAGAGAGCUGACUGAGAUGUGCCACAAGCCUGACGUGGAGCUGCUCCAGGACUUGGGAAAUGUACUGGAAAGGAGCGAAUUGGUGCAGACGCAAAAGCCUCAGCCAGUGAACCCGGAGCUCACUUCACGGCGCAUCACUGGACUCCUAGACAUGCUGAACAGCUUCAGAGUGGAUGACGUUCUGAGUCAGGAAAGGACCAGUCACUAUAUGAGCCUUUCUGAGAACGUUACAAGUGCGAUAUUUGGAGAAGGCCAUCACGGCGUUUCCAGAGAGUCCCAGGGAGCGGCAAGUUUUGCAGUGUGGGGAGCUCAGGCCUUCACCUCCGGCAAGCAUUACUGGGAGGUGGAUGUGACACACUCCUCAAGCUGGAUUCUGGGAGUCUGUAAAGAUUCCUUGACCGGCGAUACGGAUGUUGUUGAUGCUGAGGAAGCAUUUCUGCUAUUUUCUUUGAAGACGAACAAUCGUUACGGUCUCUCUACCAACUCCCCGCUCUUAAUUCAGUACGUGAAAAGGCCUCUGGGUAGGAUUGGAGUAUUUCUGGAUUAUGACAGUGGCACUGUGAGCUUCUAUGACGUUUGCAAAGGUUCCCUCAUAUAUAGUUUCCCUCCUGCCUCCUUCUCUUCCCCUCUGAAGCCUUUCCUUUGCUUUGGUUCCCCAUGAAAAGUCAGAUUUCAUGACCAUUUAUCUCAUGAACUUCCAUGUGUUAGGAAACUCCUGUACUCGAGCCUUUUUGUGUGAGGCAACCUGAGCGUCUAGAGCACAUUGUAACGUAAGGGAACAUAGUUAUUGUAUGUUUAUGAAAUGACAUGACCAUGAUGA